CCGUGUUUACAGAGAGGCUGCUCUAUGUUCACUCUCUACGGAGGAUGGUGUGCAGUCAUGGCCUUUUUAAAGACGCGAGAACGACACAAGGAAAGAUUUUCUCUCUUGUUGCUGGAUUUGGAGGAAUAUUAUUUUGAACAGCACACUGCGUACCAUGUGACCACCAGUUCAACCAAGGAGAGAAAAAUUAGAGGCUCGUUCAAGGUCUGCUCCAGAUCAGUCAUUUUUGAUCCAGAGGAUCUCGCAGAGCCAAUUUUAAAGAUUCUUCUUCGAGACUGUAAGAAGAUUGAGUUUGUGGAGAAAGAGACCAACCCCUUCAAUGAACCUAAACCAUCUAAAAUCUCUAUUUUAUGUGGACAGGUUAUUUACAUUAAAGAAAGCAAUGUCAUAGCACCUCACAGAACUGAAAGGGAGACAAAGACGAUGACCUUUCAGCUGGAGGGUUGGAAUAAAACAGAAGAUAUUGUUCAAACAUUACUUCAGCUCCACAGAGCAUCCUGUCUGGACAAGCUUGGAGAUCAGACUGCAAUGAUUGCAGCCAAUUUACAAUCACGACUGGCAAGAUCAUCAUUUGACAAAAACUGCUUUCAGAGUGUUGCUGAGAAGCCUCACAUGGAGUGUUCAGUGGAGAUGGUCAUGCCUCUGGUGUGCAACCCGGGCCACGUCUGCAUAACAGAUGAAAACCUCUACUUCCAGCCCCUCAAUGGAUACCCGGAGCAGGUGAUUCAGAUCAAACUCAAUAAAAUCAGGCGAAUCUACAAAAGAAGACAUGGACUCAGACCACUGGGUCUCGAGGUGUUCUGUACUGAGAACGACUUCUGCUCUGACAUCUACCUGAAGUUUUACAACACGGCAGACAGAGAUGAAAUGUAUUACUACAUCGCCACGUUCCUGGAGAACCACAUUACAGAGCACACAGCAGAGAGUUACAUGCUGCAGUGGCAGCGUGGCCAUCUGAGUAACUAUCAGUAUCUCCUCCACCUCAACAACCUGGCUGACCGCAGCUGCAACGACCUCUCUCAGUAUCCUGUCUUCCCCUGGGUCAUCGCCGACUAUACGAGCCCGCAGCUGGAUAUGACAAAUGCCGCCACAUUCAGAGACCUGAGCAAGCCUGUGGGAGCCCUAAACAAAGAGCGACUGGACAGACUGCUGUCUCGCUACAGAGGCAUGCCCGAGCCUCGCUUCAUCUACGGCAGCCACUAUUCAUCUCCAGGCUACGUCCUUUUUUACCUGGUCAGGAUCGCUCCAGAGCACAUGCUGUGUCUCCAGAAUGGCCGCUAUGACCACGCAGACCGCAUGUUUAACAGCAUAGGUGAAACAUGGAAAAACUGCUUAGACGGGGCCACAGACUUCAAAGAGUUGAUUCCAGAGUUUUAUGGGAGCGACUCCAACUUCUUGGAAAACAGAAUGAAUCUCGAUUUGGGCAGAAGGCAGAACGGAAGCUUAGUUUGUGAAGUCACCCUCCCACCAUGGGCCUCAGAUGCCAAUGAUUUUCUUCAAAAGCACAAGACAGCCCUGGAGAGUCAGUAUGUAUCAGAGCACCUUCAUGAGUGGAUCGACUUGGUGUUUGGCUUCAAACAGAGAGGCAGUGAAUCUGUGGCAGCACACAAUGUGUUUCACCCCCUGACCUACGAAGGCGGCAUAGACUGUGACAGCAUCGAGGACCCUGACCAGAGAAUCGCCAUGCUGACACAGAUACUGGAGUUUGGCCAGACGCCCAAACAGCUGUUCAUCACCCCUCACCCUCAGAGGAUCACGCCCAGGUUUCAUAACAUCACUCGAAGCUCCAGCCUCAACUCACCUGUCAGCGAACUGUCUCCAGCCUCUCCUAGUGAAGACUCGUCCUUUGAAGACCUGACAGAGGAGAGCAGGAAGAUGGCCUGGUCAAACAUGAGCAAUCUGAAACCAGUGACCAGCCACAGGAUCCAUAAGGAGGCGGUGACAGGCAUCACUGUGACUCGAGACGGAUCAGCUGUUUUCUCCACAUCUCAAGACUCAACACUUAAAAUGUUUUCCAAAGAGAUGAAGGACUUCCAGAGAAGCAUGUCUUUCUCUAACAUGGCUUUAUCAUCAUGUUUGACGCUGGCAGAUGGUAAAACUGUGGUGUGUUCUUCGUGGGACAACAAUGUUUAUUUCUACUCCAUCCCGUACGGCAGGCGACAGGACACGCUGAUGGGUCACGAUGAUGCCGUCAGUACAAUGUGUUGGUUUGACGACAAGCUCUACACGGCAUCCUGGGAUUCCACUGUCAAGGUCUGGCACUGUGCUUCUGAUAGCUUAUCCAGUCACAAGAGAUCCCAGUUUGAGUUGCUGGCUGAGUUGGAACAUGAUGCUGGGGUGAACACUAUCGGUCUGAAUCCAGCAGGGACUCUGCUGGUGUCUGGCUGUAAGGAUGGGACCGUCAGCAUCUGGGACACCAGCAGUUAUGGAACACUUCAGCAAAUCCACUGUCACGACGGGACCAUCCAUCACAUGGCCUUUAGUCCUGACAGUAGACACGUUCUCAGUGUUGGUGCUGACUCCUGCAUGAAGGUUAUUGAUGUUCAGACGGGAAUGGUGAUCUCAUCUGUUAAAUCUGAAGUGGAGCAAAGGUGUUUCUGCUGGGAUGGGUGCUCAGUGCUGUGUGGGGGGCAGUCUGGUGACCUCCUGCUGUGGGACCUGCUGAGCAACACAGUCACUGCCAAGAUCCCAGCUCACUCAGGUGCGGUCACGGCCAUGUGGAUGAAUGAGUUGUGCACCACAGUGAUCACAGGCGGAGAGGACAGACAGAUGAUCUUCUGGAAGCUCCCGAGUUAAAGAAACUGUCUUUAUAAGAAGACUUCCAGUGCAAUAAACUGGACGACACUGGCCAAGUAUCCUGCAGACUACAAGACCCAAGUAACCGACUCAGAACAGAGACUUGUUUAACUGCCGUUAAGACUCCAGAACUUACUGUAAAGGUUCAGUAUCACACAGCAGCUGGAGCAGGGGGACAGUCAAAGUCUCAACAGUUCUCUGUCAAAAAUUCAAACAAAAGGUCAUGUAAGUCAGUAAUUGCUUUCUGCAUAUUGAGAGAGAAAAUGUCCAAUUGCAGUUUUGUGCAUAAGAACAGGAAACUACUAAAACAGUGUACACGCCUUAUUUUUCACUUUUUUUGUUUUUGUUUUCAGUGUAUUCUGCGAUUGUUUGUACUUUCGUUUCCUCAGUAUGAUGUAUCAUGUUAAACUGCUUCUUUUUAAAAAAAAAUUAGUGAUCAUGUUUCUGUAGCUUUAUGUGCAUUGUUUUAUUCUGUGAAGUGGACUCAUGAUGUGUGUCACAAGCUUCAGGCUGCUCAGGUGUUAUCAUUACCAAAUAACACUGACCUUUAAAAUGUAUCUUUCCUGUCUGUUUUGUUACCAUCUCUUCAGCCUCAGAGAUUUCCACAGAUUGUUUAAGCUUAUUACAGUAUGCUGAGCUGCACAAGUUGCUACCACUAAUAUAGUAUUAUAACCACAAAGCAGUCUAAACAACUGUUUGCAAAAGUCCUUUAGGCAAAUUGAAUAGAGGUAAUGUAAGUGUCUGAAAGCAUAAGAAUAAGAGGACAAAUUAAAAUGAAAGCUGGACUAUCUAUAUCUAAUAUUUUAUAUAGACUAUAAUAGUGGCCGUACAAAAAUGUACUUCUUGAUGGAGAACAUUUUCAUCUUCACAGACUGAAAUUAUGUCUGUUAUAAUUGCUUCUAAUAGUGGUUAAUGUGUCCACACACAACAUAAACGCUAUCGCUGCUCUGCCUAACUUUCCAAUUCCUUUUUUAAUUCACUUAUUAAAGAAACAAACCCCAGAUUCCAAACAAACCGAAAUAACUACAGACAGGAUCAGAGGUCAUCCUGGAGUAACGAAACAACACGUUGUGUAGUAAACAUUGUUUUAUAUACAAAAAAUAAAGCACAAUAUAUAAUAUACACACUUUAAACAUUAUGUUAACUUUCAGAUUUGGUUACUGGCACUAAUCAAUUGAAAAUUAGACAUUUCUUUAUCUUGAAAGCAAAAAGGUUACAAAGUGAAGAUCAUUAGAUUAUAAUUACAUUUCCAUUAAGGUUGUGCAACUUUCCAUAACAUCUUAUGGGUUUCAGUUAAAUGUCUGUGCUAAAGACCUUGCAUCAUUUAUCCCGAGGCUUUGGUGUUGGAAUGGACCACAAGUCAAGCAUUUCACAACUCCCCUUGUGAAUAUAUUACCAUUUGAGACUUUCAUUAGCCAAUGAAAAGUGGAACACACUAAUUGAAUCAAAUGUGAAAUGGUGAAGCUCAAAGACUUCACACAUCUCAAUUCCCUUGCUCUGCCUGUGGACGAAAGACAGAAAAAAGACACGUUAAUACUAUUCUAGAGGCUCAUUAGUGUCUCCGCUAGAUUAAAUGUUCUAGAACAAUGCUACUUUAUCUACAGAAGUGAAAAGGUCACUUGAAUUACUUAGCUUUUAAAAAACUGACAAAUUCAGGCUUAUUUCCAAUUGUUCACAGCUAAAUCAAUAACUAAACAAUUUGAA